AUGAACGAGGUUUACACAUUCACUGGCGAACUGAUCAAUAAUCAUCUAGAACAACAUCUCCCUGGAGAAGAGCGAAACCCAUCGUUACAACCCUAUUGCCCAUUGUGUUACUCCCCUUUCCAAGAAUACACUCUUCCUUUCCGUCAAUUUUGGCUUUGGAUUGAAACCGCCGGAGCAAAAUCAUAUAACCGUAUUUCACAACAGACGUUCCAAGAACUGGUUGAUUACAAUUAUGACGAAGUCCACCCGACUAUAAUCCGCCAAAGAAUUGUUCGUUUAUUGAAUACCGUCCUGUUUGGAGAAUAUCUAGUAGUAGACGAUCAAAUUCAGCUCAUUAAUUUCACCUACGAAAGAUUCAUUGGAACCCACACCAAUGAGCAGAACAAUUCUGACAAUGAGGAUCCAGAAGAAAACAAUUCCAACGAGUGUUACUCUGAAACAAUCGACGCUAGAACACAGACCGAAGGAAGUGACGAAGAAAGAAGAUCCGAAAGAUCAAUUGAAGACGGGAAUCUAAUUGAUUUCAUUAGUUCAGAAAACCCAUACACCGACGACGACGAAGAAAUAAUCUACAUCGAGGAAACAAUUAUCAACGAAGAUAGUGAUACAAGCCAAACUGACGAAGAACAAGACGACGAACCCGAACAAAGAGAAAAUUCACCCCAUGAACAAGAAAAUAUGGCCAACGUUAACGACGUGUUGAACGUCGAGGGACACAUUAGCACCAGAUGUCCCAAGUCAUAUUCGCCGGCUAAUUACCAAAAUAAUCGCGAACAUAAUUGGCGAGAUCGUAAUAAUGUGAAUACCGAAAAUUCGCAUCAGCAAAACAAUAUCAGACCAAAUGCAUCAAAUGGAUCAGCGAACAAUGGACAAACAAACAACAAUACCAAUACGGCGUUGUUAAUGCAGAUUAAACAGCUCACCGAUGCAUUACAAAACGGAACAACCAGCAAUAAUUCUCUCUUAGUUACUCAUGAAUAUCUGGCAGGUGAAAGAAAGGCUAAGAUCACCACUCGACAUAAUCCACUCGAAGAAUCCUUUAAUCAAUCCUCUGAAGAGGUGAAUAAUAUUCAGAGUAGUGAACAACAACUACCAACUCUCAAAAUUCCGGAAAUUCAAGAGACAUUUUCAGAACUAUUCGAAUAUUUUCAGACUAUACGAAAGAAAUUACAACGUACUGAAGUCGACUUUAAUGAGGAGAGUGUCUACACCCUUACACCACGACAACAAGAACAGUUAAAUACCUUACUUAAUGACUUCCAUGGCAUCUUUAUCACCGACUUGGAUCAAUUAGGGAGAUCGAAU